AGAUGGCGAACGACGUUGUAUCUGGGCUACUCUCCAGUUUGAUGGCGUUGUUCAAGAUUAACGUCAGUUUGUAAAUACUUCAUCUUACAUUUCUUCAAAUGAGGCGGGAUGUUUAUUCGCAGUUGUUCAGCGGCGGAACGCGAGGACAGUUUCAAAGAGGCGGGAAGUAAAUAAACGCCUGAACUUGUGUUUCCGGAUUCAAGUAAAACUCCGUCAUUAAACUCCGAGAAAGAGAAACUAUUAAAACAGGAUCCAUUUUAUGACGCAGGAAAUUACACGACGAGAGAAACAGAGAAAAGUUUGACAGUUUUUGUUCCACUGAAUUGUCUGAAACAAUCAAUAAAUUCAUUGUGAAGUAUUUUGUAGGUGAUAUUCUAGUCAGUAAAGAGGAACAUCAACAGUUCUUGACAGGUGUUCAGUGGACUGUUCAGAUGAUGUCAUGGACUCCACAAAGGAUCUCAGUGGACAGACAGACACAGGGAAGGUCAAGAGUGUCAUUCAUGGAGAAUCUCCUGAAUCCAGCUGUGUGUCCAUGAAGAGUGACCGGUCAAUGGAUCCUCCACUUAGAUUCAGUUCAGGAGCCCCUUGUGCUGAUGUGAGUGUCAUUCAUGGAGAAUCUCCUGAACCCAGCUGUGUGUCCAUGAAGAGUGACGGGUCAAUGCAUCAUCCACUUCACUUCAGUUCAGGAGAGUCUUUGAUCAACUACAGAAACAAACAGGAUGCAUCAGAGUCAACUGCUGGGAAAGUGCCAUUGGACUCCAUUUUUGAGGAACUUGAGCACAAAAUCAUCUCUCUGAUGAAGAAAGAGCUGAAGAGUUUCAAGAGACUACUGAUCUCAGAUUCCCCAGCAUGCUCUGAGAGAGAGGAGGAGGAUGAUGAAGGUCAGAGCAGAGUCAGAGAGGGGUUUCUGAAGAUCACACUGCACGUCCUGAAGAAGAUGAAGAUGACAGACCUCGCUAACACACUUCAAACCAAACUGAUUUCUGUGCAUCAACAAAAACUCAAAACUAAACUAAAAGAGAAAUUCCAGAGAAUUACUGAAGGAAUGUCAAAUCAAAGCAGCUCAACACUUGUGAAUGAGAUCUACACAGAGCUGUACAUCACAGAGGGAGGGAGUGCAGAGAUCAAUAAUGAACAUGAGGUGAGACAGAUUGAGACAGCAUCCAGGAGAGCAGAGACACAGGAAACACCAAUCAAAUGCAAUGACAUCUUUAAAGCCUUACCUGGACAAGACAAAGCCAUCAGAACUGUGCUGACUAAAGGAGUUGCUGGAAUUGGGAAAACUGUCUCUGUGCAGAAGUUCAUUGUGGACUGGACUGAAGGAAAAGCAAAUCAGGAUGUUCACUUCAUAUUUCCACUUCCUUUCAGAGAGCUCAAUCUGAUGAAGCACAAAAAUAUCAGUCUGAUGGAUCUUCUUCAUCAGUUUUUCACAGAUACAAAAGAACUGAGAGAAUUGAAAACAUUCCUUGAUGACUACAAAGUCAUUUUCAUUUUUGAUGGUCUGGAUGAGUGUCGACUUCCUCUAGAUUUCCAGAACAAUGAUAUUUUGUGGGAUGUGACAGAAUCGGCCUCAGUGGAUGUGCUGCUGACCAACCUCAUCAAGGGGAAUCUGCUUCCUUCUGCUCUGCUCUGGAUCACCUCUCGACCAGCAGCAGCCAAUCAGAUUCCUCCUGAGUGUGUUGACCAGCUCACAGAUGUACGAGGCUUCAAUGACCCUCAGAAGGACGAGUAUUUCAGGAAGAGAAUAAAAGAUGAGCGUCUGGCCACCAGAAUCAUCACACACAUGAAAUCAUCAAGAAGCCUGUACAUCAUGUGUCACAUACCAGUCUUCUGUUGGAUUUCAGCCACUGUUCUCCAGAGACUGUUGAGUGAAGCAGAGAGUGCAGAGAUCCCCAAGACUCUCACUCAAAUGUUCACACACUUCCUGAUCUUUCAGAGCAAACUGAAGAGCCAGAAGUAUGAUGGGAAAUGUGAGGUGGAUCUUCAGCAGGCUAGAAAGAGGAUUCUGUCUUUGGGAAAACUGGCUUUUCAACAGCUGGAAAAAGGGAACCUGAUCUUCUAUGAGGAGGACCUGAGAGAGAGUGGCAUUGAUGUCAGAGAAGCGUCAGUGUACUCGGGAGUUUGUACCCAAAUCUUCAGAGAGGAGUUUGGACUGCACCUGGGGAAGGUGUUCAGCUUUGUGCAUCUGAGCAUUCAGGAGUUUCUCGCUGCUCUGUAUGCUUUUCUUUCCGUUUCUAAACAAACAUCAGGUCUCUUCAGUAAGUUUAGGUCAUCUAUGAGAGAUUUCCUGAAGAGUGAAGUUGACAAGGCCUUACAGAGUGAGAACGGACACCUGGACCUUUUCCUUCGAUUCCUUCUGGGUCUCUCACUGAAGUCCAAUCAGACAAUCUUACGAGACCUACUGACACAGACAGGAAGCAGCUCUGAAAGCAAACAGGAAAUAGUUGAGUACAUUAAGAUGAAGAUCAGGGAGAAUCCCUCUCCAGAGAAAUCCAUCAAUCUGUUCCACUGUCUGAAUGAACUCAAUGAUCAUUCUCUAGUGCAGGAAGUACAAACAUACGUGAACAGAAGAGAUAUCAAUCGUCUCUCUGGAGUCCGUCUCUCUCCUGCUCAGUGGUCAGCUCUGGUGUUUGUGUUGCUGAACUCAGAAGAGGAGCUGGAUCAGUUUAAUCUGAGGAAAUAUGAUCCAUCACAUGAAUGUCUUCUGAGGCUGCUGCCGGUGAUCAAAGCAUCCAGAAAAGCUGAUUUGAUGGGCCGCGAUCUGACAGAGCAAAGUUGUUCAGCACUGGCCUCAGUUCUCAGCUCAAACUCCUCAAGUCUGAGAGAGCUGGAUCUGAGUAAUAAUGACCUGCAGGAUUCAGGAGUGAAGCUGCUCUCUGAUGCACUGAAGAGUCCUCACUGUACACUGGAAAUACUGAGAUUAUCUGGCUGUAUGGUGACAGAGGAAGGCUGUUGUUCUGUGGCAUCAGCUCUGAGAUCAAAUCUCUCACGCCUGAAAGAGCUGGAUCUGAGCUACAAUCACCCAGGAGAAUCAGGAGUCAAGCUGCUCUCUGACAGACUCAACGAUCCAAACUGCACACUGAACAAACUUAAUGUGGAUCAUGGAGGAGAGUUCAGGAUUACAGCAGGACCACGCAAAUAUGUCUGUGAUCUCACACUGGAUUCAAACACAGCACACACUGAACUCAUUCUGUCUGAGGGGAACAGGAAGGUGACACAUGUGAGAGAGUGUCAGUCAUAUCCUGAUCAUCCAGAGAGAUUUGAUGUGUAUCAUCAGGUUCUGUGUAGAGAGAGUCUGACUGGACGCUGUUACUGGGAGACUCAAUGGAGUGGAGAUGCUGGUAUAUCAGUGUCAUAUAAAGAAAUCAGCAGGAAAGGAUCGAGUCGUGACUGUUGGUUUGGAUUCAAUAUAAACUCCUGGAGUCUGUUCUGCUCUAAUAACAGAUUCACUGUCUGUCACAAUAAUAACAGCACUGUCAUACGUCCCCCUUCACACGGCUGUAAGAGAGUAGGAGUGUAUGUGGACUGUCCGGCCGGCACUCUGUCCUUCUACAGCGUCUCUGACACACACACACUCACACACUUACACACACUCAACACCACAUUCACUCGACCCCUCUAUGCUGGAUUUAGAGUAGUUUAUCCUGAUUCCUCAGUGUGUGUGUGUGAAAUGGAUCAUCAGAGACACACACACACAACUGGAUGAGUGAAAUAUACUCACUGUAUCUCACAUCAACACAACUCCAAACUCUUUCUAGAAAUCAUUUCAUCAAUGAAACUGAUUGAAUUCAAUACAAUGACAGUACUUUGUGUCUCACUGUGAUGUGAUUGAACUUAUUUACUAUCAGAUUCAAUAAUAAAAAUAAUGAUUUGAAAUGAAUAAAUGAGUCUAUAUAUGAACUCUUUAUUAAACACACGGCACAUUCAGAUACUCAUUGUUUUAUUUAUACUAAAUAAACAUUUACAAAUACAGAAUUCUUGUGAUUUUUCUACAGUAUAUAAAUCUUAAUACUUAACAGACAAUUCUAGAAAAAACAGCUUCACACUUUUGCAUUCAUAAAUGGAUUUAUAAGAACUAAUUACAGGAUCAUUUAAAGUUGGUGUAAAUUUGACAGAUUUGAAGAGUUCACUCAUUGAUAAAAGUCAAAUGCUGUCAUCAUACACACACCCUCAUGUUGUUCUGAA